CACGCCCAGCCGCCCCUCGGAGCGCUGGUCGGCUGGUCCGGAAGUGACGCGAGGCUCCGACUGUAGGCUGGACGCCGCGUUCUCUCAGGGCCGCUCCCGGAGUCACGGCCGAGCAGCAUGGCUCUGCAACUUCUGCUCCUCCUCGUCUUGCAGGCCGAGAGCUGGGCUGAGUUGAGCCCCGAGGAUCUCGAACUGCCUUCGGUGCCAGUACCAACCAAUAUUAACAUUAAGGCCUAUAACUUUAAUACUGUCCUAUAUUGGGACUACCCAACCAUGCCACAGACCCCUGUUUUUACUGUACAGGUAAAAACCUAUGGGAAUGCAGUGUGGAUUGAUGCCUGCAAUACCUCUCAGAACUUUUGUAAUAUCUUUUCCGUAAUUAAUGAUCCAUCACUUUCUCUCUGGGCCAGAAUUAAAGCUAGGCUUGGACAAAAAGAAUCGGCCUAUGUAGAGUCAAAAGAAUUUAUUCUGUGUAAACAAGGGAACAUUGGACCACCUGCAGUGGGUAUUAGAAAGAGGGAAAACCAAAUCAUCAUUGACAUAUUUCACCCUUUAGUUAAUACAAGUGAAAAAAAGCCAGUACCCAUAUAUGAUGAAAAUUAUUGUCACAUAUUUACGUACACUGUGUAUUUAAAAAUAAAUGGAAGUAAGAUUCAGUAUAAGUUGUCAGAAGAGAAUGAGGAUGAUUGCAAUGAGACUCAGUGCCACCUUGUUAUCCCAGUGUCCUCUCUGAGUUCCCACUACUGUAUUUCAGCAGAAGGGUUCUCAGAAGAUUGGUCUGUUAAAACUGAGAUGUCUGAUGAACUUUGUAUUACCACUUCUGAUGAUAACCACAUAGAAGAUUCUGUUUGGGUUCCAAUUGUUGCCGUUCUGCUUUUUCUAGUACUUAUUCUGGUAUUUGUAUGUUGUUACACUAAGAAGAUGAAUCCAUGUAAGAAGGAAAGCAUCAUGUUACCCAAGUCCUUGCUGUCUGUGGUAAAAAAUGCCUCUUCAGAGGCAAGGUCUGAACCAAAAUGUGUAUCACCCAUCACCUACCAGCCAAUUGUCCCAGAGAAUGAGAAGAUGGUCUGGGAAGACCAGUUGUCUCCAGCCACAAUUUUAAGUAUGCCCCCUGAAGACAGCCUAGGAAAAACAGAACACCGAGAAGACGUUUCCAGUGAAAUCGAAGUGGUCACCGCUGAAGAAAAUAAUCCUGACACAGCUUCUGGUAGCCCUCUGACCCCAGGAAUGGGAGAGAGUUCUGUCCAUACAAAUAGUAACCAGUCUGAACCCUGUGUCAUCGCCUUAAACUCCUAUCAUUCCAGAAAUGGUUCCGAUAGUGGCGUUGUGGAAUCUGACAGCUUCUUAUCUGACUCAGAAUUUCCUCCAAAUAAUAAAACUGAAAUAAAGACUGAAGGACAGGAGUCCGUAGUGCUGAGAAACACUACCACCUCCUUUGGUUACGAUAAGCCGCAUGUGUUAGUGGAUCUGCUUGUGGAUGAAGGUGGUAAGGAGUCCUUGAUUGGUUAUAGACCGACAGCAGAUUCCAAAGAGUUUUCCUAAUCAACGAAGAUGUGCCUACUUUGAAGAAACGGCUUUUCCCAUAUAGGUUUUCCGCUUUGUUUCCUGAAAGGAUCACCUUUCAGAAAUUGUAUCUUUGUCAAUAUUAACCAAAGAAGAGUAUCUGGGUUUACAUAAAGUGGCACUGUUAUAAUUGGUCUGAAAACUACAGAGGCUUUGGGAAAAAAAAAAAAAACAACAUUGUCACAGUUGGAAUUUUCCAUCUAGGUGGGCUGUUAGUGAAAACUC